CCUGCAGGGGGUGUGUCCUGGGGUUUGCAGGCAGAGGCAGUAACCUGGCCGGAGCUGCUGAUGCAUCAGUGGACCUGAGGCUGCCGGGACUGCCCUGGGUCCCAUCGCUGCUCACUGCCACCCCUCAACAGAGCUAGUGGUUGGGGAGCACUGGAGAAAGGCUCACCUGGGCUGUGAAGACAGGAGCUUCACAGGUCAGAGAGCAGCAUCUGGUGGAGAUGUCAGUGUGCACAUGAAGACUUAAGUUCACCAAGAAGCAAGUACGCUGCCUCCCAGGUGACUAGACACGGGUGUCUAUGUUCAGGCCAGAGAGGGUAGAAGGAGCUCCUGGAAAUGAGAGCUGGAUUCCUGUGGCUCAUCCCUUUGUUCACUCUGACCAAGGGCACCGAUGGCUUCCUGCAGAAAAAUGGCAACAACAAAACAAAAGAAGAUGUCAGUGUGGUUGAGAAAAGACAAUCAGUCCAGGAGUAUGAGGUGUUGCUUCAGAUGACGUACAGGGAUCCCAGGGAGAAGAGAGAACUGAAAAGACUUCUGAAGCAUUUGAAGUCUCCAUCACCCUGCUUACAUGGGCCCAGCAAGAUCAUCAGAGUGAAGGCCACCACGUACUGCAGAACCCUGCAGGGGUUCCCGGAGUGUGCCUGUGAAGACAGCUAUACUUGGUUUCCUCCCUCCUGCCUUGAUCCCCAGAACUGCUACCUUCACACAGCUGGACCCCUCUCAAGCUGUAACUGCCCUCUCAACGACCUCAGCCAGAGUGUUGAUUUCUGUGAGAGAGCAAAGGUUUGGGGCACUUUUGAAAUGAAUGCAACUUUUACCAAAGACCUUUGGAAUUCAUCUUCUGCUGUGUACGCCUACUACACAACUGGAAUUGAAAAUCAACUUAAAGAAGCAUACAGAGGAAUCCGCGGUUUUGAGUCAGUUCGGGUCACCCAAUUUCGAGAAGGAAGCAUCGUUGUUGGCUAUGAAGUGACCGGCUCCAUUAACACAGAUGAGCUCCUGUCUGCCAUGGAGCAGGCGACGGACAAGGCUCUGGAGGCCCUGAGAAGGCGGUUCUCAGUUAAAGACAGUUCUUUUCGAGUGUUCGGGGAAGCCCAGUGUAACAGCAUCUCCUUUGGAUUUGGGUCUGAGGAUGAUGAAUAUACUCUACCCUGUAGCAGCGGCUUCACCGGAAACAUCACCGUCAGGUGCCGGCUCUCUGGGUGGCAGAUCGCCAAGGAGUCCUGCGUGCUCUCUCAGCUGGCGGAACUGAAGAAGAAUUUCAGUAUGAUUGCAGGCAACAUCACAGAGGCAGAUGUGUCUUCUUUGGUGCAAAAUCUUUCUGCCAUCGUUCAGCAAAGCUCAUCCACCACAGCUGGGAACCUGGCUUCAGUGGUGUCACUUCUGAGCGACAUUUCAUCCCUGUCACUGGCGAACUCUUUCACUGUGUCCAACUUGACCCUGAAGAAUGUCAUCAACAUAGCUGAUCAUAUUCUGAACUCAACCUCCAUAACUAAUUGGACAAUUUUAUUACAAGAAGAAAAGGAUGCCAGCUCCAAGCUGCUGGAGACAUUGGAAAACAUCAGCACUCUCAUACCUCCCACUGCCCUGCCUCUUAAUUUUUCUCGAAACUCCAUCGACUGGAAAGGGACCCAAAUCCAAAGCACACAGGGCUACAACUAUCAGAUUGAAAUGCUACAACAAAACGCCUCUCUGCCCAUCCGAGGCCACGUGUUUAUUGAACCAGAUCAAUUCCAGGAAUCCCAUCCAAAGACUAUUAUCAGCAUGGCCUCAUUGACCUUUGGGAACAUUCUACCCAUUACCCACGGAGGAAAUGCACGGAUCAAUGGGCUGGUGAUAACCACACUUAUCCAAAACGAUUCCAUCAAUGAAAUUUUCCUGAACUUUUCCAAGAUAAAGGGAAACCUGAGCCAGCCUCAUUGUGUAUUUUGGGAUUUCAGUCAUUUGCAGUGGAGCGACGUAGGCUGCCAACUCGUGAAUGAAACUCCAGGCACAGUGCUGUGCCGAUGUAUGCACCUGACCUCCUUCUCCGUGCUCAUGUCUCCCUUCGUCCCCUCUUCGAUUGUCCCUGUGGUGAAAUGGAUUACGUACAUCGGACUGGGCAUCUCCAUUGCAAGUCUAAUCUUAUGCCUGAUCAUCGAGUCUCUGUUUUGGAAGCAGACCAAGAAAAGCCAAACCUCAUACACACGCCAUGUCUGCCUGGUGAACAUCGCCCUGUCACUCUUAAUUGCUGAUGUUUGGUUUAUCAUUGCUGCCACCGUGGAUACCGCCGCCGCCAGCCCUUCUGGAGUCUGCAUAGCUGCCGUGUUCUUUACCCACUUUUUCUACCUCGCUUUGUUCUUCUGGAUGCUUGUACUCAGCGCCCUGCUGGCUUAUCGAAUCAUCCUCGUGUUCCAUCACAUGGCUCUGCCCACCAUGAUGGCUGCUGGGUUCUGCCUGGGCUACGGGUGCCCUCUCCUUAUAUCCGUCAUCACCAUUGCCGCCACCCAACCUAGCAACAGCUACAAAAGGAGCAACGUGUGCUGGCUUAACUGGUCUGAGGAGAGCAAACCCCUCUUGGCGUUUGUUGUUCCUGCGUUGACUAUUGUGGCCGUGAACUUGGCUGUGGUGCUGCUGGUCCUUAGGAAGCUCUGGAGGCCAGCGGUUGGAGAAAGACUGAGUCAGGACGACAAGGCCACUGCCAUCCGCAUGGGAAAGAGCCUCCUCAUUCUGACCCCACUGCUAGGGCUCACCUGGGGCUUCGGCAUAGGAACAAUGGUGGACAGCCAGAAUGUAGCUUGGCAUGUUCUUUUUGCUUUGCUUAAUGCUUUCCAGGGAUUUUUCAUCUUCUGUUUUGGAAUUCUCUUGGAUAAUAAGCUGCGGCAACUUUUGUCCAAUAAGCUGACUCUGUUAAGCUCACGGAAGCAAACAUCAAAGCAGAACUCCUCAGAUAUAGUUACCAAACCCAAAUGCUUAAAGCCUUUCAACAUACUUCAACACAAAGGCAUGUAUGCGCUUUCUCACACUGGAGACUCGUCCAAUGAGAUCACAUUAACCCAGUUUUUAUCCACGGAAUAAAGCCACGAGUCACAAGCAAGGACAGAUUUUCCUUUGAGAAACAUGUCCUUCAGAGCCACAUGGCAGAGAAGACACACACAAUCAGAUAAGAUUUUGUGACUUAGGGGUCUCAGGACAGCUGGUUACUCUGAGGCUGGAGAGGCGGCCCUGUGGUUAAGAACACUUGUUCUUGCAGAGGACCUGGGCUCAGUUCCAGCACCAGCAUGGUGGAUCCCAACCGUCUGUUCCAGAGGAUUUACAGCCCCCUUCUGACUUUUAUGAGCACUACACACAUGUGGUGCAUAGACAUCCAUGCAGGCAAAACAUUCAUACAUGAAAUAAAAUAAUCUGUUUUUAAAAACCCAACAAAAUAGGUGACUUCAGUGGAUCAAUCCUGCCUCCUUUAUCCUAAAUUAAAUAGAAAUGAUAUUAAUUACAAAGUGGGCAAAGAAACAAUACAUAUUGUUAAUCCAGGAGGACGUGACAGUGACCCCCAAAGGCCCUGGUCAAUAUGUCCAACCCUGAG